AUGACAGACUCCCAGUCGCCAGGUGCGUCUGCGCCUACAAAUGGAAAGCCUGACACCACAGGUUUCAUCCCUGGUGAUGACACCUGGACCCAAUUCCGCAAUAUCUAUUCCAUUCUUACCGGCAAGAUGUCAAACGAAGGCAUCGAGAAGUUCCGUGUCGCGCGAGAUACCCGAAAUGAAGCCGCAGAUUGCAAGCGUUGUGAAGAACAGCGUGAUUAUCUUCUCCAAUAUAGUCCUACCAUCCGUUUCCUUAGUGAAAGUAUUCAGCAAUUAGGAGGUGAUCUCCAUAAUCACAAUAUUUAUUGCCGCCGCUGUACGGAUCGAAAGGGUGGUGGUUUCGACCCAGAGUAUGGAAUCUUGAUCUGCGCGAAUGAGAUGAAGGAUCAGGGACACCUCGAGGACACAAUGGCUCAUGAGAUGGUUCAUGCCUUUGACCACCUAAGGUUCAAGGUCAAUUGGUCCGAUAACCUGCGACACGCAGCUUGUACGGAGAUUCGGGCCAGUUCGCUCAGCGGCGAAUGCAGAUGGGCGCGCGAGUUCUUCAGGAGAGGACAGUGGAAACUUACACAGCAGCAUCAAGAAUGUGUCCGCAGACGAGCUAUUCUCUCUGUGAAGGCUCGCCCGACCUGCAAAGACGAAGCCCAUGCCGAACGGGUUGUCAAUGAAGUCUGGGAGAGCUGCUUCAGAGACACCCGACCGUUUGAUGAGAUCUACCGAUGA